AUGGCCAAGUCCAAGAACCACACCAACCACAACCAGUCGAGCAAGGCUCACCGGAACGGCAUCAGGCGUCCUAAGACGAACAAGUACCCCAGCCUGAGGGGCGUCAACCCCAAGUUCCUGCGCAACCAGAGGUUCGCCAAGCACGGCACUGAGAAGGCUGUGCGAGAGUCUCGCGCUGCUGCCAAGGCUUAA